UUAGAUCCGGGAGCGUAUCAUCAAAAAAAGAUGAAGUAUGGAGUGCAUUCAAACAAAGUUCCAAGCAUAUACUACCUUCAGUUUCACUAUGUUUAGAUCCCUCCUCACACCUCACAUCCUAUCCUCACCUAGGAAACAUGUCAAGUCACCCUGAACUCAAAAGGGGAAACGACUAUGGAUGCUGGGAAAUAUCAAGAUCUCAAAAUGAUAACCAAGAAAAUCCUUCUUCAGAUGAUACAGAUCCGGAAUCUUUUGAUCCUCUGCCAAGCAGGAAGAGAUUAAGGGCAACCGCUUCAGCUGCAGAUGAGCCUGAUGUGAAAAUAUCUAAAACCGAAUUUUCAUCCAGUGAACCGUCUUCUUCGAACCAGGCGUUGAAAAGGCACCAAAGUGCAUCUGCGGACAGGGUGGAUCCUGAGUUGGGGAUGAAACGCCGAAGGUUGGAUUCUUCGGUAACUGCUCCAGGGAAUUCAGGUGGUUCGGGACCAAAGGAAAGCAGCGGCCGGUGUAAUCCUUUGGCUGCAACUCUUGCUUCAAUAAUGGAAAAAUACAAAAAUAGACGCAAUGAGCAACAUAAGGGCCUCUCAAAUACUGUCAGAAAAUCGAAGAAAUUGCCUCAUUGUACAAUCAUCACAAGAUCAAUAGCAAGGCUUAUAUCAAAGAGAUCUGCAAAUCAUAAUUACAGCUAUGUUUCUCAGAAAAAGAUGGAAGUAUUCAAAGCUGCAGCAGACGGAGAUCUGAAGAAGGUUCAGAAAAUGAUCCGAGACACAGGACCUGCCCUGAGGGAAGAUCAGACCGGCUUUACACUCCUUCACGCCGCUGCUGCCAAUAACCAACCAGAUGUAGUAAUGUUUCUCUUAAAGCUGAUCGACCCAAAUAUAACCAACAACCAGGGGCAGACUCCUGCUCACGUGGCUGCUAUCAAUGGUCACAUUCAAGUGCUGAGGAUUUUGUUAUCCGACGAAGAAAUUAACCAUGAAAAGAAGGAUAACUUCAGAAUGACUUAUAAAGACCUGAUGUGUGUACCACUGAUCGAGGCGGUUCUGCAAGGCAACAUCGCCAUGGCUCAUGAGGUGCUGCAGCUGGGUGCUGACCCAGACUGCUACAUUGGCCACUUGAUGAAGGAUGUACUGGAGACUGAACUGCACUUUGACACGCCUCGUCAACUUGGCCAUAAAACCAACCAAGAACACAUCAUAAACCACUUUAACCAGACAUGCGGUAAAAUGAGAUCAAGAAAUACUACAACACAGGAUAGUGCUGCAGUCCCCCUGUGGAAUACCAAGGGCCAGCCCCUGAGAAGUCCGCCAAGCCCUACUGUAGCAGCAGAAACACAGUUCGCGAGAACGAACGUUUUCAGGGAGGAUUCAAAUUGUAGAGGUUUUGUGUGCAUUCUUAACUACAACUCGUUUUGUGGUCGCCCAGAUCUGAGUUUCGAGACCGCGACGAAAAACAUUUCAGAUUUAUCAAGCGUAUUUCAGGAAAUGGGAUAUUCUGGUCGUACCUUCACUUCUCUGACCGCAGACGAAACCAAAAAGGCUUUGGCCGAUAUUAGAGACAUGGAUAUCCUUGAUGAAGUUGGGUGCGCUGUCUUCAUCGUUACUAGCCACACAACAAGGAAGGAUAACUUUUUAACUUCUGAUCUCAGACUGCUGGGAACUGAAUGGCUUCAGGAGUUGUUUAAGGAUUCAGAGUGUCCUAAACUCAGAAAUAAACCCAAAUUAUUUAUUUUUGACUUACACUGCGGGCGGUUUAGAGAACAGUAUAAGUACUUGCAAGCCCCAAGCAAGAUAAAAAGAUUCGGUGAACCAUUGCAAGAUAUGAUGUGCCUGCAUUCCAUCACUAAAGCAGGUAGCUUUGUCAAGGAUAGGUCUCCGUUUAGCGCAGCCCUCUGUGCCACUUUAGAGCGCUGUGCUCACGACAAGGACUUGGGAGAGGUGUACAGGGAGCUCGUGCAGGAGUGCGCCAACACCUCACCGACGUCAGUGCUCGAGCUAAGGACCUUUGGCUUUACUAAGGAGUUUUUCUUCCGCUCAGAAACCCAUUCCUCUGGCCCAGGAUGAAUGCUAACCAGCAAAACUGCAACCCGGUGCACUCAAAUUCUUACUGCUAUAUGACACUUCUAUUACGAAAUCAUAUAAUGCGCUUGAAGAGAGCUAACGCUGUAGAUUAGUUGAUCGCAGAUUAUAUUAUUGAUAUUUUCAAGAUAUU